AUGGAGGCCCGAGCGCUCUGGCUGCUGGCCGUGGUCCUGGCCGGGGCGCUUUGCAGCUCCACUGGGGAAUUUGUCGGCCUGUCGGACAACCAGUGUGCUGUGCCCGCCAAGGACAGAGUGGACUGCGGCUACCCCGAGGUCACCUCUGAGCAGUGCAACAGCAGAGGAUGUUGCUUUGACUCCAGCAUCCCCAGGGUGCCCUGGUGCUUCAAGCCGCUCCAAGAGACAGAGUGCACUUUUUGAAGUUCUGCCCGCUGACCAUGGACACCUUCAGAUGUGAACAUCCUCCCUGGGAGCGCUCUGCGCCCCCCCUUCCCUCCAGGGUGUCCUGGGUCCCCAACCCCCUGUUCCUGCUUCACCCUCGGGAGCCCCG